UUUCAAGCAGGAGAGAAAGAUGCGAGGAGCAUUGGGGGCGAGGCAAUGGAGGCGACUGCCUCCACCACCUCCGCUUCCUCUCAGCAGCUCUUUGAAGAAGAAGGUCCGGCUUCCGAGGCCUUCAAAGAGACUCCUCCUCCGUCUUCUCGUCGUCAUCGCCCUCAUUGCUUUUGUCCCUCCCGUAUUCUUCCACUUCCGCCUGCGCCUAUUCAACCAGAUGCGAAUGCGGAAGUGCGACUGGUUGGAGAGUCCUCCACUUCUUUGCGCACACGGCGGCGAUUCAAGCCGGGCAGCGCCUAACACUAUGGAUGCAUAUCACAUUGCUAUUCAGUCUCAUGUGGAUUGCAUUGAAAUCGAUGUCUCUCGUUCCUUAGAUGGGACCCUCUUUGCUCUUCAUGACAGGGAUCUGCAGAGAAUGUCAGGCAAUAGUACUGCGAAAGUUGGUUUCAUGAGCACAGAGGAGAUAAACAAACUGGAAGCAGACUUUAAGUUGGGACUAGGAUCCAGUAAAUAUAAAGUACCCACCAUCCAUGAAGCUUUAAUGUUUGUGUCGGGUUCAGUCAGGCAGGUGGUUCUAGAUGUGAAAGUUGGGCCACCGUCAUUUGAGAAAGACUUGGCCAAGGAUGUUUUAUCUGCUGUGCAUAGAAGUGAAUGCAAAAACUGUUUGAUUUGGGCAAAAAGUGAUGUUGUGGUGCAAGACGUUGUGAAGUUAAAAGAGGAUGCCAUGGUUGGUUACAUCGUCAUGAAGGAUCCUGACACUGGUGCCAUGAGUAAUUUACUAAGGAUGGAAAAUGCAGUAAUUGUUGGGGUCUACCAUCCUUUGAUUGACAAGAGGCUUGUUCAAAUAUUGCACGGGAGUAGGAAGAAAGUCUAUGCCUGGACUGUGGAUGAUCCUGAUUCUAUGAGGGGGCUGCUAUAUGAACACGUAGAUGCCAUUGUAACUGGUAAUCCAUCUCUUCUUCAGAAACUUAUGCAGGAGUUGAAAACAGAAUGCCUUGCCGAAGGCUUCUCCUUGCCUUGAAAUUUCCAUUGCUUUUGAUUGUUUAUCGCAGCAGGCUCCUCUUUUCCCACAAUUCUGUUAAGGUAUUACUAUUUUACCAAAUAGGCCACAAAUAUGGCUA